GGAGCGAAGGACGCGGGUCGCUGUGGUCGGGCCGCCUCUGCUGAGGAGCCGACGGCUCUGACGCGGGCCGGGCCCGUGAGCCGCGGCCAGAGCUGACUUGGUGCUGACUGGUCCCGCCGACGAGCGGCGCGGACGGCGGGACCCGGAGCUCCACCCGGAGGCUACUCCGCCCUCGGCCGCGGCCCUUCGCUCGGGACUGACGGCCGGGCGGACCAUGGAGUCCUCGGCUCGCCUGGUCACCAUCAAGCGGAACGGAGACGACGGCGCACACUUCCCGCUGAGCCUCAGCUCCUGCUUGUUCGGAAGGAGUAUUGAAUGUGACAUUCGUAUCCAGCUGCCUGUAGUGUCAAAAAAACAUUGCAAAAUUCAAGUCAAAGAGCAAGAGGCAAUAUUAUAUAAUUUCAGUUCCACAAAUCCAACACAAGUAAAUGGGGCUACUAUAGAUGAGCCUGUGCAGCUGAAACAUGGAGAUAUAAUAACAAUCAUUGACCGAUCCUUUAGGUAUGAAAACCUAAGUCAUGAAGAUGGACACAAAUCAACAGAAUUUCCAGGAAAAUCACUUGGACAGGAACCGGCGCGGCGAGCCUCAAGAGCUAGCUUCUCUGCUGACCCUGAUGGGAAAGGCCAAGAUGCCAAGGCUUCAGAAAUCACUGCUUCAGGAAGAUCUGUGGUGAAUGCUGAGACACUCACUGGAGACAGCCCUGCCUCAGGGGGCUCAAAAGACAAUGUUACCCAAGAUCUAUCAGGGCAUUUAGAACAGCACAGUAGCAGAGAGUCCACUUCUGGGGAUAUCUCUAAGAAGUCCAAGGCAACAGGAAGCAGUUACAGGAAGCUGAAGUCUUCUCCUGCACAGAGCCUUAGUAAUAGCAAGAAAAAUGAAUCUCCAUUUAAGGAACUUUAUCAGUCAUUGAAGGAACAGUUGGUUGUAAAAUCACAGAAACAUAGAAAAUCAGAACCACAACCUCACCGUGCAGGAGGAAAAGAAUCGGAGACACAGCUUUUGGUGUCAUGCAAGGCAAGACCAAAGUCCAGUGGCAACAUCCCUGUUACAGCAACCUCUUCACCUGAAGUUGAAAUGAUCUGUACUGAGAAACAGACAGGUGGUGGGGAGUCUGUUCAGACUCCCAUGGAGGCUCUGAAUUCCAGCUUUUCUCUCUCUGAGACAGCUAAAACGAAGACCCCGGUGCGGAAGUCACAACAACUUAAAGAUGAAGACUUCCAUGCUAUUGGUGGAAAAGAGUCUGUGAAUCCAGGUGAAAGUGAAGGUGCCAAGGCAGUUCAUAAAAUAAUCACUCCUAGGAAGCUGUUAACUAGAAACCAAACUUCGGUGAAGGUUGAAGAUGCUGCCAGCCUUGUUGAUGCACCAGAAAAUCCCUCUUCCAGAAAGAGAAGUAGUUUUUCUGCAAGGGUAGAGGUGCUACCUGCAGAUACACAAAAGCGGCUUUCUUCAACUCCGUGCCUUGCUUCAGGUGAAAAGAAAACUCCCAAGAAUGCCUUCAGCAAGCCUGAGAAAUUGGCCACUGCAGCCGAACAGAUUUGCUCUGGGCUACCCGGUCUUAGUUCUGUUGAUAUCAGCAACUUUGGUGAUUCCAUUAACAAGAGUGAGGGAAUGUCUUUGAAGAGAAGACGAGUAUCCUUUGGUGGUUGUCUAAGACCUGAAUUAUUUGAUGAAAACUUGCCUCCUAAUACACCACUCAAAAGAGGAGAGACACCAGCCAAGAGGAAGUCACUUGCCACUCACAGUCCAGCUGUCCUGAAGAAAAUCAUCAAGGAGCCACCCAAGUCACCAAGGCAACAAGAGUCGGCUGGAGGAACUCCAACAAGGGCAAAUGAUCAAAGGCGUGGAUCAGUCAGGACCUCGCCUGCUUCCAGUGGAAGCAAAUCCUUAUAUCAAACAGAUACUCCCAAGAAAUCAGGCCGGAAGAGCAACAACCUACCUGCCAAGAGAGCAUCUAUCAGCCGAGGUCAGCAUGGCAUUCUACAGAUGAUUUCUUCCAAGAGAAGGAGCGGGGCUUCUGAAGCCAACCUGAUUGUUAAAAAAUCAUGGGCAGAUGUUGUAAAACUCGGUGCAAAACAAACACAAAUGAAAGUUGUAAAACAUGCCCCUCAAAAACAGAUGAGCAAAAGGCAAAGAAGACCUACUACUCCAAAGAAGCCUACAAGCAACCUUCACAAUCAGUUUAGCACAGGCCAUGCAAACUCUCCCUGUACUAUUGUAAUAGGGAGAACGCAGAUUGAAAAAGUAAGCAUGCCUGCUCAGCCCUACAAAAUGCUGAGCAACUUGAUGCUAAACCGAAAAAUGGACUUCAGUGAAGAUCUGUCAGGACUAACUGAAAUGUUCAAGACUCCAGUAAAGGAGAAGCAGCAGCAGAUGACUGACAUGGGCUCCAUUCUUCCCAAUUCAGAGAAUUUGCCUGAAAAACAGUUUCAAGCAACUAGUUCAGGAGGCACACCUCUGCCCAUCACCUCAGAGAUUUUGGGAGAAAAUGUGCCCUCCAGUACACAGAAUGCAGCAAAGGAGCCAUCUGAUACAUAUUCUGCAAGUCCUACCUUAAAACGGCGGAGCAUCAAAAAUGGAAGCAGAGUGCAAACCCCCAAGAACGUCCAUAACAUUACUCACCUUGAGAAGAAGACUCCAGGCUCUGACACCGAGCUUCUGGAGACAGCAUCCAGUGUGAGCAGGACAAGACGAUCUAGACAGCUCAGGCAUACCCUUGAAGAUAGUAUGAAUGAAAAAACAGAAGCAGACCUUGCUGAUGGCAUCACAGGAAAACACUUAAGAAAGACAUCACUGCGAGGACAAGAAGUGGAUCAACAGGUGCAGGACUGUGAAAACUCUUCACAAAGAUGCAAGGAAAAUACCAAAUUAAAGGAAGGUCCAGAAAAGACAUUAGCUAUGAGAUCAAGUGCCAGGGAGCAAAAGCUAGCAAAAGACUUAAUAAGAAGUCAGAUGGUCACCCAAACAGAGGUCUGUGCUGAGGAACUACUUAAUCAGGAACAAGGAACCACACAUAACCCAGAGGAAUCCAUGCAUACGCAAAGCACACCAGAAGGUGAUGGUCAAGAAGCUACAAAACAGAAAGUGGACCCAGCGGUAAAUGCAGCCAAGGUGAAAUGCUGCCUAAAGACACCUGAUAAAAAGACCCAACUUCUACAGGGCCCAGCUGGUCUCAAGGAAACCUUCGAAACACCAAACUGCAGAGAUGAACUCAUAGAGGAUUAUGAAACCAAAGUCCCUUGCAAAUACCCACAACUUACAGCAGAGAACACCAGAACAAGUGCAAAGGCACGGUCCAGUAUGUCUGGGAAGAAAGCAGAUGUGAAGAAAGAACUCCCUGCACUGACGAAACUUGUGCACGUGUCAGGGGGAGCCAGGCACAGUCCCAAAGUUCCAGAACUUGAGCAUGGGGACAUCAAAGCUUUGAACAAAUAUGAAAGUAAAAUGCUGACCCCAACAAUAACUAGAAGCAGGAGGUCGCUAAGAAAAACUGAGGAAAAGCCUCAACUCCUGGAAGACCUAACUGGUUUCCAAGAACUCUUUCUAUCACCAGUCCCCGGGGACAAAAUCAUUAAAAUGCCCAGCGAAUCUCCAUAUUCAGAACCGGUUAGGACCCCAGCAAGCACAAAGAGACUGUCCAAGAUGGGUCGUAGGGUGAAUGUGAGAGAACUUUCUGUACUUGAGAAAGAAUCACCAAGCAGAGCCGCAGGCACACCAGCACCCUUGCAGAAAGAGAAUGAUACCACAGUCUUUAUGGAAACUCCAAAGCAGAAACUGGAUUUCACAGGAAAUUCAGUGAGGAGUAAGAGGAGGUCACGGACACCUAAGAUCAGGGCUCAACCCCUAGAAGACCUGGCUGGCUUCCCAGAACUGUUCCAAACACCAGUUGGUGCCAGUGACCCAGUGACUGUUGGGGAAACUACAAAGAUGUCUCGGGAUUCUCCACAACCAGAACCAGUCAGAACCCCAGCAAGCACAAAGAGACUGUCUAAGACGGGUCUCCGUCAGUUAGAUGUGAAAGAAGAGUUUUCAACAGUUGGGAAACGGACAAAGUCACCAGGGAGAGCCACAGGCACACCAGCAGCAGUUCAAGAAGAGACUAGCACCACAGUCUUUAUGAAAACUCCAAGGCAGAAACUGGAUUCCACAGGAAAUUCAACAGGACAUAAGCAAAGGUCACGAACGCCCAAGAUCAGGACUCAACCCCUGGAAGACCUGGCUGGCUUCCCAGAACUGUUCCAAACACCAGUUGGUGCCAGUGACCCAGUGACUGUUGGGGAAACCUCAAAGAUGUCUCGGGAAUCUUUGCAGCCAGAACCAGUCAGAACCCCAAAAACAAAGAGACCAUCUAAGACGGGUCUUGUUGAGGUGGAUGUCAGAGAAGAGCUCUCAGCAGAUGGGAAACGGACAAAAUCACCAGGCAGAAAAACACGCACACCCAUGGCACCAGUGCAGGAAGAUAAUGAUGCCACAGUCUUUAUGGAAACUCCAAGGCAGAAACUGGAUUUCACAGAAAAUUCAACAGGACAUAAGCGAAGGUCACGGACGCCUAAGAUCAGGACUCAACCCCUAGAAGACCUGGAUAGCUUCCAAGAACUGUUCCAAACACCAGUUGGUGCCAGUGACCCAGUGACUGUUGGGGAAACUACAAAGAUGUCUUUGGAUUCUCCACAACCAGAACCAGUCAAAACCCCAGCAAGCACAAAGAGACUGUCCAAGGCGGGUCUUGUUCAGACAUAUGUGAAAGAAGAGCUUUCGACAGUUGGGAAACGAACAAAGUCACCAGGCAGAGCCACAAGCACACCUACAGCACCAGUGCCCCAGGAAGAAGGCAUUAAAAUAAUUAUGGAAACUUCAAAUCAGAAAUUGGAGUCUUCAGAAAAUUUAACAGGGCUUAAGAGACAGCCAAGAACACGUAAGGAAAAGGCCAAAUCUCUAGAAGACUUGACUGGUUUCCAGCAGCUCUUUCAAACACCAGAUCAUGGCAAUGGUGCAUUAGUUGUUGGCAAAACCGAAGAAAUGUCCUUUAAUUCUCCACAGCCAGAACCUGUCAUAACCCUAAAAAGCAUAAAGAGACGGUCCAGGGCAAGUAUGGUUAAAAUAGAUGUGGAAGAAGAACUUUUAGAAUCAAAGGGACACCUACAGUCAGGAGAAGCCACAGACACACUCCAAGUACCCACCGACAACAGAGUCAUUAGGGCAUUGAAUCAAUCUGCCAAGCGAAAAUUGGAUCCAAAAGCUGGUAUGCCUAGCAACAAGAGGCCACGGCAUGCUUCUAAGGAUAAGACACCAUGCCAGGAAGACCUGAGUGGCUUCCAACAGUUCUUCCAAACACCAGGCUAUGCUAAGGACUCAUUGACUAUUGGUGAAACCUCAAAAAUGCUCACCAAACCUCCACAAUCGGGACCAGUUAGAGCCCAAACCAGCAGAAAGAGUCUGCCCAAGAUCAGCCUCAGGAAAAUGGACAUGACAGAACUUCCAGAACUUUGGAAGCAGUCACCAGGCAGAGCCCCAACAGCACCAGUACCGGAAAAUAAUAGGAUAAAAGCAGUUAUAGAGACUGCAAAGGAGAAACUAGAGACUGCAACGGAUGUAACUGAGCUUACCAGAGAGCCAAGAACACCUAAGGAAAAUAUCCAACCCUUGGAAGAUCUUGAUGGCUUGCAAGAACUCUUUAAAACACCAGGCCCCAGCACUGAUCCAUUAACUGGUACCAAAAGAACAAGAAUGUCCUUGAAAUCUCCACAACCACGACUUGUUAGUACCCCACAAACCUCAAAGAAACUGGCCAAGACAAGACUUGGGAAAGUUGGUGUGAUAGAAAUGCUCUCUCCACUGAAUGUGCCAAGGUGUACUACAGGAGAACUUGUACAAAUGCCCAGUCAGCCAGAAGAUGAUGGCACAGGGAACAAAGAUGUGAAGGAAUCCAAAAAGCAGACGCAGGGCCCGUCAGUAAGUGUAUCUGUCAGCAAAAGGCAGCGAGGGCCAUGCAAGGAAAGGUCUCAGUCCUCAGAAGACUUGUUUGGUGUCCAGGAGCUCUUUCAAACACCAGCCAGCAGCAAAGACCCAGUGACUGUUGGGGAAACGAAAAAAAUUUCUUUGGAGUCUCCACAACCAGGACAUAUCAGGACCCCAGCAAGCACAAAGACAUUGUCCAAGACGGGUUUCAGGAAAGCAGAUGUGAAAGAAUGUCAUGUACCUGAGAAACCAACCAGGCAGUCACGAGGCAGAAUCACACGCACACCAGCACCCUUGCAGAAAGAGAAUGACACCACAGUCUUUAUGGAAACUCCAAAACAGAAACUGAAUUUCACAGGAAAUUCAGUGAGGAGUAAGAGGAGGUCACAGACACCUAAGAUCAGGGCUCAACCCCUAGAAGACCUGGCUGGCUUCCCAGAACUGUUCCAAACACCAGUUGGUGCCAGUGACCCAUUGACUGUUGGGGAAACUACAAAGAUGUCUCGGGAUUCUCCACAACCAGAACCAGUCAGAACCCCAGCAAGCACAAAGAGACUGUCUAAGACGGGUCUCCGUCAGUUAGAUGUGAAAGAAGAGCUUUCAACAGUUGGGAAACGGACAAAGUCACCAGGGAGAGCCACAGGCACACCAGCAGCAGUUCAAGAAGAGACUAGCACCACAGUCUUUAUGAAAACUCCAAGGCAGAAACUGGAUUCCACAGGAAAUUCAACAGGACAUAAGCGAAGGUCACGAACGCCCAAGAUCAGGACUCAACCCCUGGAAGACCUGGCUGGCUUCCCAGAACUGUUCCAAACACCAGUUGGUGCCAGUGACCCAGUGACUGUUGGGGAAACCUCAAAGAUGUCUCGGGAAUCUUUGCAGCCAGAACCAGUCAGAACCCCAAAAACAAAGAGACCAUCCAAGACGGGUCUUGUUGAGGUGGAUGUCAGAGAAGAGCUCUCAGCAGAUGGGAAACGGACAAAAUCACCAGGCAGAAAAACACGCACACCCAUGGCACCAGUGCAGGAAGAUAAUGAUGCCACAGUCUUUAUGGAAACUCCAAGGCAGAAACUGGAUUUCACAGAAAAUUCAACAGGACAUAAGCGAAGGUCACGGACGCCUAAGAUCAGGACUCAACCCCUAGAAGACCUGGAUGGCUUCCAAGAACUGUUCCAAACACCAGUUGGUGCCAGUGACCCAGUGACUGUUGGGGAAUCUACAAAGAUGUCUUUGGAAUCUUCGGAACCAGGACAUACCAGAACUCAAGCAAACACAAAGACACUGUCCAAGACAGGCCUUGGUAAAGUAGAUGUGAAAGAAGAGCCUUCAACACUUGGGAAACAAACAGCAUCACCAGGCAGAGCCACACGCACACUCAGGACACCUGUGCAAAAAGAGAAUGAUGCCACAUCCUUUAUGGAAACUCCAAAGCAGAAACUGGAUUUUACUGGAAAUUCAGUGAGGAGUAAGAGGAGGUCACGGACACCUAAGAUCAGGGCUCAACCCCUAGAAGACCUGGCUGGCUUCCCAGAACUGUUCCAAACACCAGUUGGUGCCAGUGACCCAGUGACUGUUGGGGAAACUACAAAGAUGUCUCGGGAUUCUCCACAACCAGAACCAGUCAAAACCCCAGCAAGCACAAAGAGACUGUCUAAGAUGAGUCAUGGUAAGGUGGAUGUGAAGAAAGAGCUUUCUCCGCUAAAUAAGCCAAGGUGUGCAUCACAGGAAUUCAUGCAUGCACCCAGACUUCCAGUAGAUGAUGGCAGAGGAGCCAAAGAUGUGAAGAAAUCCGUAGCUCAGACAUUGGACCCACCAGUACAUGUAACUCGCAGCAAGAGGCAGCAAGGGGCAUGUAAGAAAAGGUCCCAGUCACCAGAAGACCUCUCUGGUCUCCAGGAGCUCUUCCAAACACCAGGCCAUGACAAGAUUUCAGUGGCAGGUAACAAGCCCACAAAAAUGUCCUCCAGGUUUCUACCAUUAGAACCAAAAGACACUUCAGUAACCUCACAGAGACAGCCCAAAAUUAAUCUGAGGAAUCUUGUGAAAAAUGAAGUGUCAGGAGACAGAAUGCUUCCACAAAUAUCAGGGGAAAUCUUAGGCUCACCUAGAGUACCAGAAAGUGAAGGCAGAGUCAUUAGAACAAGGAAGCAACCUGUAAAGCGGAAAUUGGACACAGCAGUCAGUGUGCCUGACAGCAAGAGGCAACGAGUUGCACGAGCAGAAAAGGCACAGACACGAGGGCAUCUGUCUGGCGUCCAAGAACUCUACCAAGAUCCAGGCUUGUCAAUGGACUCAGUGACUGUUGACAAGACCACAAAGAUGCCCAACAAAUCUCCAGAACCUGUGGAAAUGAUGUUAGAGACACAGCCAGGAAGAAGACUUAGGAGACUGGGUGUGGCUGAAGAGCCUAGAGUACAAAGAAAGACUACAAGAGUGGUACGGGAAACCAGAAAUACACAAAAAAAAGAGCCCAUGGGUGACAGUAAAGGUGUCAAAGAGUUUAAGGAAUCUUCAAUGCAGAAACAAGACCCCGCUGUAAGUUUAACUGGCAAGAGGAACCAACCAAGGACGGCUAAGAAGACCCAACCCUUAGAGGAGCUGAUCAGUUUUCAAGAGGAAACAUCUGUAAGAAUGUCUUGCCAAUCUCCACAAUCAGAAGAAAAGGAAACCUCAGCAGCUUCAAAGAGGCUGUUCAGAACACAGCUAUGCAAAGUGGAUGUGAAAGAAGAGCCAACAACGCAGAGAAAGCCACCAGGCAGGGAAACCAGGAGCACACUCAAAGAGCCCGUGGGUGAUGCUAUAAAUGUUGAAGAAGAGCUUAAGGCAUCUACAAAGCGGAAAAUUGACCUAGCAACAAGUAUGCCUGUGAACAAGAGGCCACGCAGGGUACCCAGGGAAAAGGCACAGUCCCUAGAAUUGGCUGGUCUCAAAGGACCAAUCCAAACCCCAGGUCACACAGAGGAAUCAGUAAGUGAUAAAAGAUCCACACAGAUGCCCUGUAAUUUUCCACAGACAGAGCAAGUAGGCAGCCUCCAAAUCUCACCAAGACGUCCCAGGACUAGACGUGGGAAAGUAGAGGUGAAUGAAGAACCUUCGGUACUGAAGAAGACAAUGCCAACAUCGAGGCAAACAAUGCGGUCUUGCAAGGUCCCUGAAAUUGAUGACAAAGGCACUGAAGUUUCAAAGGAGUCUGUUAAGCAGAAACUAGACACAGAAGCCAAUGUAACUGGCAGCAGGAGGCGGCCAAGGGCACAAAAAGAUGAGGUCCAGCCUCUUGAAGUCCUGAGUGACUCCAAAGAAAUAACCCAAAUAUCAGACCAUCCUGAGAAACUAAGACAUGACACACAAAUGCCAGACUCAGGAAAGCCCCUGAGAACAUGCAGAAGAGUGCUCAGGACUUCUAAAGAGGAGCCCAUGGAAAUGUCAGUGGAUACCAGAGAACUCGCAGCUUCACAAAUCAAAAGCAACACUUUCCUGCCCCCCAAGAGGACGUCUGCAAGAGAUGGAAGUGUUUCAAGAGCCAGGGUGUUGCGCUCUGUGACACAAAAGCAGGAAGCCACAGAUGAGAAGCCUGUACCUAAGACACAGAGAUCUGCUCGCAGCAAGAGGCAUGUAUCACCUGAGCCUGUGAAGAAGAGACACCUGAGAAUCAUGUCAAACAAAAUUGAACCUGUGGAAGAGCAGAUUAGCAACUUCAGGAAAACAGAAGAAAAAGAAGACAAAGGAGAAAACUCAGUCACUCCAGAUCAGAAAACACCCCAGAGCUCUAGAUACCGAAAGAAAACCAAUGAAAAACACCUAAGACCCAAGAUUGAUGGAUCUGCAGAGAAGGUUGGGAUAACGAAAAAUGAGAAGACCAUCAAGUCCUCCCAGGAGACAGAGCUGCAGAACCCAGAUGAUGGAGCCAAGAAGUCUACAUCUAGGGGCAGAGCCAGUGGAAAAAGAACAUGCUUGAAGUCUAGAGGACAGAGUGAGAUUCCCCAGCCUUAUGCUUCCGAGGAGAAAACACAUGAGCCAGAUAUGGAAAUUGUGAUAAAGACUCAGAAAGAGAGAGGAGUCUCUGGCCAUUCAAAUGUUAGGUCUUUGCGAUCCAAAAAAGCUGGAGCCACUUUGGACACUGAACUUAAGCCAAGAGUAACUCGAGGUGCCAAGAAAGAUGCAAAAGUUCCAAAGCAGGAUGAAGACAUUGUAUACACCAGGAAAUUAAGAACAAGAAGUCACCAGAAUAGUGAAAAUAAGUAGCAGAGUCAUUUAAGAAGGAAAAAUAAAUUGGCUUGGUGAUAAAUUCCAGUUUGAUUCUCGCCUCCAGCGUGAAGGUGAACUGUAAAUAAUACUGCCCAUCUUUAAGGAAGGAAGUUGCUUUCCUAGUUAUGCUUUCUUCAAACUCCCAUGGACAUCAUGAAGGGGAUCACCAGGGAUCUCUGCAACCACAGUUUAAAAAUUGGGGGGAGGGUUGUGAGCAGGCAGAACAGACAGGUUGCUGUCUGUCCUGCAAAAUAAAGCUUUAAAGUUCACUGCCUCCUAUGA